UUUUUAAUUAAUUAUUUGGGUUUAAUUACUCAUUUAUUGGUGUGGGGUUUGCUUUUUAACCCGCCGCGGUUGUUCGGCAUUGAUGCUCUCCGAGCUGGAGGCUUGGGGAGACACCGUCCUCACCUGGGAGCUCCAGCACGAUUCCCCAGUUUGAAGGCUGUUAAUGGAGAGGAGGGCGGAUGACAGCCGGGACCGUGGUCAUCACAGGUGGAAUAUUAGCAACUGUCAUUUUGCUUUGUAUCAUCGCUGUCCUCUGCUACUGUAGGCUCCAGUACUACUGCUGCAAGAAGGACGAGUCCGAGGAGGAUGAGGAGGAGCCCGACUUCGCCGUGCACUCCCACAUCCCCCCGCUGCACUGCAACCGCAACGUAGUGCUGACCAAUGGCCCUUCCCUCUACGCCUCCUCCCCCUUCGGCAAGAGAGCCUCGCAGAGCCGGCCCAGCUGCCCCAGCUGUACCCCCUACGAGCCGCCCACCUUCUUCCUGCAGGAGCCCCCCGAGGAGCUGCACAACGGGGGGGACAGGGUGAGCUACAAGGCGGUGAGCCAGGAGGACCUGGAGCUGCCGGUGAGCGUGGGGAACCUGCAGGCUCUGAACCCCAACCGGCUCUCGGCCAUGCGCGAAGCCUUCUCCCGCUCCCGCAGCAUCAGCACCGAUGUGUGAGGCUCGGCCGGCCCGCGGCGCCGCCUCGCCCCCCAGCCCUGCCCCUGCU